AAUCAAUGCGCGCACAGGAAAACAGCGUCACUCACCAACAAGCGGAAGCCGCAAGACACUGGCAGGCGGCCGCCCGGCCAAGGUUCACCUUUUUCAUGUAUCGCUCAUUCAACAUCGGAGACUGCCACACCGUUGAAGAGCCGCAAUAUGUUUGGAAGCACCGGGAGUGGCCGUAUCUUAGGGUUAAUAGAAUGUGCCAUCGUCAGGCGCCCGGCGGCUUGAUUACACCCCCACGAUCCAUUUGGGAAUCAUUGCAUAAAAUCAAUGGCACGGCCACAUGAGCGCACAGCUGAACGGGCAACUGCCCCUAUCAGAGGAAAUUUUCAGUUGAGACUUUCACCUCACUUCAGAUCCACGUCCGUUCGUCAGACGUGAGGGAAGACCACUUUGUCUGGGACCUGAAAGCUAUGGAAGCUGAAGCCAAGUUGGAACUGGUCCUCAGCUUGGUCGCUCAUUUUUCUUCUACUGAGGAUCUUCGUCGGUUGAGCCUAGCAUCAAGAAGCUGUCGGGCCAUCACUUGCCCCCAUCUCUUCUAUACUCUAAAACUUUUAUGUACGACGGACGUCACAUCAAGCCCAUUGAAGGAGAUUCUCGCGGGGGUCCCCUGGAGGAACGCGUAUUGCGUUAGAUCAGUACGAAUACUCCUGAGCGAUUGGACAAAGGAUACUCGUUGCGGGACUCCAGAACACAUCGCAGGAGCCAUCAUCGCACGACUGCCUUGCGUACAGCACGUCAGAAUAAUCCCCAGCUUCCUUGCCGACUCACUUCGUUCGCUUGAUAUGAGGGGAUCAUGGCUCGGCGGUCGAGCCAUAACAUGCACUGAUCUGCUUCGCAGGUGUGGAGAACAAUUACAGGAAUUGGCGAUGUCGUUCUCAUCGUUACGGGAUGUAACAUUCUGCUCGUUUUUGCUGUCGCGAGCCAUUCAUAUGAGUUCGUUACGCCUACACGAGCCUAUCGAGAUGGAACAAUUUUUUCAUUUGGUCACUUCCAUGCCCAACCCUUCGAGGCUGACGGAUUUGAAAGUAUCCUUCGAUCUCAUGGAAAAUACAUGGUUUGAACAUACUGUAUGGGACGAGUUGUGUGGCCUUGAGACCCUUGAUGUUGGAAAUGUUUGGAAAUGGUCAGAUUUUGACCAUUCUGGCAAUGUCUUAUCCGAGCAACAUGGGUCUGCGGGAGGGCAUAGUCAAACAGCACCAACUAGGCAUAAGCGACGCGAUUCAUUUGCCACGUUCUUGCAGGGUCACUGCGCUCUUCGCAACAUCUUUAUGAAAUGUGGCCCAAAUCCACUCCCCACGGGACCGCUGCCACACUUCCAAAACCAAGCUGAGGCAUCCCUUGCGCAAUUUAGAGCUCUGGAACAUGCCUUGGCUGAAACGGCGACAAGACGCCGUGACGCGUUUGUGAAAUAUCAAAUCGGGCGCGUGUUCAACUGGGCCAGGGAAGUUCGCCAGGGCUUGGUACAGGAUGUCCUUGGGUGGGGGGACAACUCCGUCCCCAAGCUAUCACUGGAGAAAAUCCGAUGGAUGCCAUACAGAGAGGAUACCGGGCCUUUUCAGGGCGCUUUGGAUUGUGGCGAUGGGGAUAUUAUUAUCGACGUUCUGUUUUCAGGAGGCUCAGAAAUCCCGCCCUCGGGAGAAGGUAGUACACCAUGGAUCGUCACUGGGGGGGUUAAGAGGGUUCCAAGGAUGGGUGGAUGGUAUAUUACACCGCAAAAUGAGAUGGAAGAUAUUGACCUCGGGGGGUUCUAUCAG